CACGAUCUCAAGUUUAUGUAUUCCUGUAAUUUCGUCUUCGGAAGGAAUUAUCAAAUCGUCUAUGAAGCCGAUGUCGAAUUGAGACAGACUGGCGCCGCUGGGUUAGCAAGCGUCGAGACACUCGACGACGGCGUUACCGAGAAGAGCCCUAUUGCCAAUGACGACGGCAUGGAAACCGUACGACUCGAUGGAGAGGACGGAACAGAUCGCGUUGAGCCACCAAAGCCCUUGAUAAUUUGUAUAUCCACGCUCAGAAAACACGUGGUUGUUUCGGUAGUGACCCUGCUGAUCCUGCUCAGCGUUAUCGUUAUCAUCUCCAUUGCGUGCGCUGGGCCCAGGAGGGCUUCUACCCAGCCGCUGAAGAACGGGAGGUACAUUGAAGCGGUGACGUCGUGUGGGCCGGUGCAGGGCAUUCUCGAGGAUGGCGCCUACGCGUUCCGUGGCAUUCCAUACGCGAUGCCACCAGUCGACAACCGUCGCUUGCAGCCAGCCGAAUCUCUGAGCCGCAUCGAGCAUUGCUGGAACGGCACUUACCUGGCUCACAACACCUCCGAGAGCUGCUGGCAGCGUGAAAUAUCCGGUCGUAUGGACGGUGUCGAGGAUUGCCUCUAUCUCGAUGUGUUUACACCAAUGGUCGGAUACAAUUCCCCAUUGCCUGUGGUCGUCAUGAUCGGCGCCGAGACGCUGAGCGGUGGUUCGCCCGGAGUGAUGCAACCUUCGGCCAAGCUAGCACGCGUUCGCGACAUUGUAUUCGUACGGCCAAAUUUCCGAAUGGGAAUUUUCGGAUUUUUGGCGACCGAAAGUCUCACCAGAGCGUCCCACCCUCCAACUUCGGGUAACUACGGAUUAUCAGACAUCCUAGCAGCCCUUCAAUGGGUACAGUUAAACAUUGAGAACUUCGGUGGCAACAAGUCGUCCGUUACUCUGUGGGGACAUCGGGCGGGUGGCACUCUCGUUACGACAUUGAUCGGCUAUCGCCGAGCCAAGAGUUUUUUCUCGAAGGUGUGGGUAUCCAGCGGUAGCGCAAUUUUCCCGGGUAGAGAUCUGAGAAGGUCUGAAGACAUAAACAAACCGUUCCUUGACUCGAUCCGCUGCAGCGCUGCCAGCUGCCUCAAACGCAAGAGCGCUGAAGAGCUCAUGGACGCCGUGCCGGAGACAUGGUACGUGAGCAACAUGGGUCUACCAGAAAUGAAGGAAGGCGGAACUCCCUACAUGGAAAGAAGGCACGAAUGGCUUGUUUUGGACGGCAUGAUUCUUCAGGAGCACGUCGGCCAGACUCUGGCAAAUAAGGAUCUUAUGGUAAAAGUGGUGAUGGGUACCACCGCACAUUCCGGCACCCCAUCACGAUAUCUCUCACCGAAUGUCACUCUCAACGCGACACAAGUCGAGAACAUUAUACGAGAAUCUCUGCUCGGUACUUCGGGCUUUGCAGAUGAAGCUAUAAGACGCUAUAAUGCUACGCUGAAAGGAUUAAUCACAAUGAUCUCCGAUAUCCGUGUAGUAUGUCCGUUGCUGACGUUCGCCAGGAUGAAAACCAACAUACCGUUUUAUGUUGCCACUCAACCGCGCCGACAACACCUGGCCGAUCCUGAUAGCGACGCCGCGGCCAUCCUGGGGACCUACGCUGCUGUUACGCCCGAGGAGAAGAGACAUGUGUCGGCUAUGCAACAGCUAUUCAAUCAUUACGUGUGGCAUGGCGAGGUCGCGCAGGUUGAUCAAUCUGGCGCGAAGCGAAUCCUAGUUGUCGGUCAGGACACGCUACUCGAGAAAGGCUAUCCGAAUUGCGAUUUCUGGAUAGAGAAAAACAUCGUACCUAUGUACGGCCGAGUUGAUUAAAAAGGCUUAUGUUACUGUGCAAGGCUUAUGUCUGCGUGCUAGGAUCUGCAAACCCACGUCUCGAAGGUGUUGUCCCUUGAAUUUCUGCGGACAUUGAUCCUCUCAUGACACAUAUAUGUACUUUGAUUACUUAAACAGAUUGAAUACAAUGAGCGAUCAAUGAAAUCAUGCAGAUUAACCCUUUCAGGGGAACAUUUUCUACUGAAUCAUUUAUCAACAUCUUUAGUAGUUAUUUUUCGGGAUGCUGAAUACGAAUCUACAGUCAGAAUUUGAAAAUUUAUAAUUUUAGAUGUUUUGAUCAGUUUGUACAAUCAUAAAUAUACUUUUUGAGAUCGCUGAUUACAAAUAAUGUAUCAUUUAAUAAAAAUUCAAAAUAGCAGACCCAAUAUGACGGACGGCAUUUUCAAAGUUAACCGGAUUCGCUUCAAACUUGUCAUUCGGGAGCUUUUAUUAUUAUUGAUUUCUCGUUUCGAAGUUUAUAUAGUUUAAUAUCGAAUUCGUAAUCAACAACCUCAAAAACCUCUAAACGGCAAGUUUCAAGCUUUGACAAUCGAUUUUGAUAAUUUUGUCCGUAUUAAAUUAGCUGUUUUUAAUUUUUAACAUCGGAUUCACAAUUAGUUCGAAAUUCCAAAAUAGCAAGUUUCAAGUAAAUCCGGCUUGAUAUUUUUGACCAUCAUAUUGGAUCCGCCAUUUCGAAGUUUAUAUUUUUUACAUCGGAUUUGUAAUUAGAUCUUAAAAAUUCCCAGAUCAUGAUUUUGAAGUAUAGGUUAGAGGACAAAUUUUAUGUAAAUAAAUUACUUCUCUAAAAAUAAUUGGUAUAUAUUUAUUAAUAACUAAUUAUUUAAGAUAUAACUCUGAAAGUUGAUUUAUUAGAGAAACCUUUUAGUAGUCUGGUAAUACUAAACAUGCCAAAGAAAUACAUGAAAAAUUUGAUUUAUUGAAAUAAUAAACUUGGAUGAUAUAAAUUACUAGAGUAACACUAUGCAGCAAUGGUUAAUAUUGUAUAUUGUAAAAAUGUUGUAUAAAAAAUAGGAAAAUAUUUAUUACU